ACUCUCAACUCGAACAUCUCAAUUCCCCCCAGUCCCGACCUCUUGCAUCGAUCGUCUCUAACUCUGGCAAUCCCCAUCUGCAUCUACGAGCCCAGUGCAAGAAUGGAUGAACGCCGGCGGCCAGCACCUUCUGCCACAGCUGCAAGCAUGGAGUCGCGGAAGAAACGAGUUGCCUCUGAUUGUGCGUCACGGGACUCUCCAUCCACCGCAGCACAGCCUGAUCCUCUUCUUCUUUCACAAGCGCAGAAAAGGGCAAGGGUGGAUUCAACAAUGUCUGAUGUAGAUGAUGCCAGAUCAGCAGUGGAUGGUGAUAUAAAGGAAUGGGUUGAGGUUAACGAAGGAUACGAAGAGGUUGAUGAGGCAGAUGCGUAUGACAUGGAUGAUGAUAUGUCAGAUCCUUCUCUAGGAUUGGGUGACAAAGGAAAUGAUGUACAAGCUGAGGUCAAUGACGAUGAGAAAACAAAGAGAGGGAUAAGGAAAAAGGCACUAGUUCGUGUUGGUAAUAAGGUUAAGGUGAGGAAAACUAGAGUUAAGCGUGCACCAUGUUGGCAGCAUUUCAAGGAGGUCAAAGCUGUAUGCAAGAAGAAACCGGGGGCGGUCGUCACGAAGGCAAAAUGCUUGCAUUGUUGUAACUUGUUUUCUUAUACUCCAGGGGGACCAACUACUAGUCUCAAUCAGCAUGUAGAUGUUUGUGCGGACUAUCCAAACAAGAAGGGAAGACAACAACUACAAGGUACAAUCAAUUUGGAUCCUAAAAAGCCAGGUGCAUCUCUUAUAGUGAAUCAUGAAUAUGAUCAUGCACAAGUUGUUCAAAUCAUAGCAAAGAUGAUAAUUGUGCAUGAAUAUUUAGGAUGGUAG